AUGAACGGGAGCCUCGUGGACGUGGAGGCGGACCCUGCCACUGGCAGGAUGUCGACGAACUUGCAGGUGCACACCCCGCGCGUUUCCGAGAGGAUUAUUGACGAGGGAGGCGGAUUUAUGUCGGCCGGCGCGACGGAAAGGAUCUUCGACUCAGAGGCCAUCCACAGGUGGACAGACUGUUACGAAGACGAUUACAUCAAGCGUCAAUUCUCCAUGGGUGUCUCCCUUGGCGACAACGGGGCGGCAUUAUUCACAGACGCCGAGGACGCCACGGAAUGGAUGCAGAGCAUUUUUGCAAUGACGAACAUGGUCUACGAACCUCAGCUCAACAUCGCGUUAAUGAUCGACGCGGUCUACAUCCCAGCGUAUGUCUCAGAGUCCACGGACUGGGCCAGCUGCGCCAGUGGCAUCAGUCAGCAGCUGGAUGAUGCGAUGGCCUGGUCGCAGCCGUCCAGGCAGGGCUUGUGGCAUGUGUUCGACGACUGCUUCACAAAUGGUCAGGCUGGCACCGUCGGCCUGGCGGUCUUGGGGUCCGCCUGGAAUGGGUUCUGUGCGAUGGACCCGUUGGGUGGGCAGAUGACCAAUGUCGGUGUCACGUACAUCACUUCUGGCACCUGGCUGACGUUUGCUCACGAGGUUGGCCACAACUUCGGGGCCGACCACGCAUUCGAGAACGGGCAGGGUACGACGGGCGGAAUCAUGGAUUACGGAGAUGGCAGGUAUGAGGGCAUCUACCAGUUCAACACGGAAUCUACCAAGGACGACAUUUGUCCCGUUGUCUCAGCUCGUGUCGAUUCGGGCUGCGAUGCCCUCACGUACUACGACGCUGUGUGCGGGAACGAGCUCGUGGAGGACGGGGAGGAGUGCGAGUGCGCGGGGGGUGCCCUGUCGUGCAGCUUCUGCAAUAAUUGCGUCCUCGACUCGGGGAAGGACUGCACCCCGUCUGCGCCCGUCGGUGCCGACUGCUGCAACUGCGACGGCACCUUCAAGUCCAGCAAGGAAACGUGCAGCGUCUGGACUGGCGCCACCGGCUACUGCGACCGGGGAUCGUGCGAGCGCGUCUGGUGCACGGGAGGGUUUUAUUUCGCCUCCAAUUUUAUAAUGAACGACUUCUGCGGCCUGCACGCGAACAACGACUGCAAGAUCAACUGCGACCUCGAAGGGACUGGCUGUACACCCAUGUGGGGGUACACGGGAAGUAUUGGGCAAGACGGGGUGCUGAACACGCUUGACGACGGAACACCUUGCGAGUCGGGCCAGGGUGUGUGCAUAAGCGGCACCUGCGUCGGCAACAACGUCCCGGCGCCAACGCCGACGGGGUGUACGAUGUCGAUUGUCGGCAACACUUGUGACACGUAUUGGGAAAAGUACGGACAAACUUGUGCGCAGAGGGAAAAUGCUGGCUGGGACUGCUCUGGGUGCAACUGCGCUGGUGACACUUGGUUUGAUCCGGUGCCAACGGUCCAAUGCAGUCCGACGCCAGCCCCACCUCCGACUCCACCUGUGACUCCAUCUCCGACUCCACCAAUGACUCCAGCUCCAACCGUGCCGACAGUCGCGCCGACUCCAGUGCCAACUGCAGCGCCGACUCCAGCUCCCACUCCACCGCCGUCUCCAGCGCCCACUCCGAACUUGCCACCCUGCGUUGGAGCAUAUGCGGACCUCUUCGUAAACGCCUAUUACUCUGAUGAGCCCGACGGAUGCGCCACGUAUGGAGAGUUCUGGCCAAACCCGAACGGUGAGAAUGUUAUUGGCGGGAGCCAUAGCUAUUGCGAUGACGACACGAAUACUUUUGAUGGAGUCGAAUACACAGCAGAUCAGAUCUGCUCAGAGUGCAACCAGUGCUGGGAUCAGCCACCAACGCCGGCUCCGCCACCGUCUCCAGCGCCCACUCCGAAUUUGCCAUUCUGCGUUGGAGCAUAUGCGGACCUCUUCGUAAACGCCUAUUACACUGAUGAGCCCGACGGAUGCACCACGUAUGGAGAGUUCUGGCCAGGCCCGGACGGUGAGACUAUUGGCGGGAGCUAUUCUUAUUGCGAUGACGACACGAAUACUUUUGAUGGAGUCGACUACACAGCAGCUGAGAUCUGCGCAGAGUGCAACCAGUGCUGGGAUCAGCCACCAACGCCGCCUCCGCCACCAACGCCAGCGCCCACUCCGAAUUUGCCAUUCUGCGUUGGAGCAUAUGCGGACCUCUUCGUAAACGCCUAUUACACUGAUGAGCCCGACGGAUGCACCACGUAUGGAGAGUUCUGGCCAGGCCCGGACGGUGAGACUAUUGGCGGGAGCCAUACCACCAACGCCGCCUCCGACAUACUCGCCGCCUCCGACGCCAGCCCCAACUUUUGCUCCGACGCCGGCUCCGACGCUGGCGCCGACAUCACCGCCAGCGCCGACGCCGCCGCCGUUGUGCAGGGCUUGGUGCGAUACAGAUUCGGACCCGUCCCAGUGCGACUGGGGCGCUUGCAACGGCUGCUCUGCGUGCAUUCCGCCGUCUGCAGCGCCGACUCCAGCGCCACCGACUCCAGCGCCGCAGCCGACUGUAGCAGCUACGCCAGCACCUACGCCAGCACCUACGUCAUCACCUACGUCAUCACCUGCGUCAGCACCUACGUCAGCACCUGCGCUUGCACCUACGCCAGCACCACCUACGCCAGCACCUACGUCAGCACCUACGUCAGCACCUACGUCAGCACCUACGCCAGCACCUACGUCAUCACCUACGUCAUCACCUGCGUCAGCACCUACGUCAGCACCUGCGCCAGCACCUACACCAGCACCUACGCCAGCACCGCUUCAGACGUCAGCACCUACGCCAGCACCACCUACGCCAGCACCUACGCCAGCACCGCCUCCGACGACAGCACCAACGCCAGCGCCAACGGCUGAACCCGUCUACGCCAUGAUCUACAGUGUAGGAAAGUGCAAAGGGACCGGGACCACGACCACGGCGGGCAGCCUCGAGGAAUGUGCCAUCCUGUGCGACGCACAAGUGGGUUGCCUCUUCUUGAGCUAUUCUGCUGGUUCUGGGGACUGUAAGCUUUCUCAGGACUGUGACGACGUCGGUGCAGACCCGAGCUACAGCGUGUACCAGAUUGGCGCAACCCCGGCUCCAACUUUGGCACCAACGCCACUGACCUGGGGCAUCUACGCUACUGGAAAGUGCAAGGGUGUCGCGACGUCGCACAUUACUGGGAUGACCGUCGCGGAAUGCGGCAGUUUGUGCGGGCAGUCGAACGGCUGCAUGUUCUUCAGCCACUCCGCGACGGAAUGCCAUGUGCAUCCUAGCUGUGCCGACGUGAACCCAUACCUAACGGACUUCACAAUCUACCACUUGGCGUUGACCAUGGCGCCCACCUUCGCGCCAGGGG